UUGACUGGAAGGGAAAAAGAUAUCCUGCAAUCUGCUGAAGGAGUGGGUAAAAGUACGACUAAAACGGGACCGAAAAUAACGUAUUAACGUCGAAUGAUUGUUCCAACCAAGAAAACGAAGACACACACGAAGUCGUCGAACUAAAAACUGUACAGAUUUCGAUAGUAAUGGAAUUAAAUUCGAGUGGCCUGUCCCCGAGAGAAGAAGGAGAGCUUGAAGACGGGGAGAUCUGCGACGAUGACACUGAUGAAAAGCUGUUGUUGCCGUGGGAUAGGAGGCCUAGCGUUACUACUACGAGUAGUAGCGCCACUAGCACAUCGACACGAUGUCCUCGGAAAUCAAAACCGGCGAGGCCAUUGCCCUCCAAUAUGGGUCCCCCACCAGGUCAGGAUUUUCGACUGAAAAUGCCGUUCAAUCGCGGACCUCACCCGCACCCCCCCUUCCCCCCAGGACACAGACAGCCUGGUGGUCCAAGUGGCCCUGACCGGCCGCUGUCAGGACAGCACUGUGACAGCAGCCCUCGGUCCUCUUUUUGGGAACGCAGCCACACGGCUCUUGGCAGACUAAGGUACCGGGGGAAACCGCACGAUAGUCGUGGGGAAUGGGGAAGAGGAGGUUGGGGGGGAGGUGGGGGAGGGAGAGGGACUGGAAGGCCGCCACCGGGCCGUUUUGCUUUCGGGGAAAACCAUGGAAACCGAAAGGAGUCCCCUUCACGAAAACCGAAGCUUUUCGGAAGGCCUCAGGUAAGAAAGCCCAUGUAUAACGUUGCCAAAACCGAAAAUGGUGUUGACGAGAGCUUCGAGGUCCUGCUCAUGAAGUACAAGCAGAUCCAGCUGGAGCUGGAAUGUAUUCGCAAGGAGGAGAAGAUGGCGCUGGACCCCAAAGCGGAGUCGCCCCCCAAGGAGACGGAAGGCUCCGGAAGUGUUAAAGCGGACCAAGUAUUGGAAACGGACAGUAUUGCGGGCGAGGCCACGGCCGAGGGCCCCCUGUGCUCGGAGAAGGAGGAGAAGAAGGCGUUUCAGGCCUUCAACCUGAAGCCGCUGAGGCAGAAGCUGCCCACCCCGGCCGAGAGAGACGCCAUGAACCUGAAAACUACGAAGGAAGGCGAUAAGGGCACGGAGGCGGCGGCAGCCACACCGGAACCCACGCCUCCAGGCACAGCCACAGCCACAACCCCAGCCACAGCCACAACCCCAGCCACAGCCACAGCCCUGACUCCAGACGAUGAAGAGGAGGAGGAAGAGGCGGACUUGGACAUAUCAAACCUAUCUAGUAUAUCCUGUGUGAGUGCCAAGGAAUCUGACGGCCCUCCUGUGAAGGGGCGGGGCAAGGACGAGGACGACGAGCUGUCGGAGCUGCAGCUCCGCCUCCUGGCCCUGCAGUCGGCCAGUAAGAAGUGGCAGCAGAAGGAGCAGCAGGUGCUGAAGGAGAGCAAGGAGAAGAUCACCAAGGCCAAGCCGGCGCCGGAGAAGGGCGGAGCCGGGGCCAAAGGCUCCCUGGACAAGGGUGGAGCAGGGGCCAAAGCCACACUGGAGAAAGGCAGACUGGGGCUUAUGCCGCCCCAGGAGAGGGCCAAGAGUGUCGCCAAGACCCACCCGGGCAAAAAGUUCAUCAGUCCAGCCAAGCAGGCCUGGCGCAUGCAGCGGCUGCGCUCCUGGAAGCUGAAGCAGCAGCAGGAGCAGGAGCAGGAGGAGCAGAGGAUGCAGCAGGCCCAGGAGGAGGAGCGCAGGAGGCGCGAGGAGGAGAUCCGCAAGAUCCGCGACCUCUCCAACCAGGACGAGCAGUACAACCGCUUCAUGAAGCUGGUGGGCGGGAAGAGGCGCUCCCGCAGCAAGUCCGUGGACACGGAGCACAGGAAGAGCCUGGGCAAGCAGGGCCUGGACACGUCCGGCAACCUCUACCAGUACGACAACUACGACGAGGUCGCCAUGGACACCGACAGCGAGGCCAGCUCGCCAGCUUCAUCUCCGGUGCGUGAGGCUCCUGGGAUUGAAGCUCCGCCCUUCAUCUCCCAGAUGCACCCCUUCCCCACGGACUCUCCCCCACACAGCCUGGCCUUGGCACAGUUUUACCCGGACCCCCUGCCGCCCCCGCCCCUGCCCCCGCUCCCCCCGGACGAGCCCGAGUUGCCCCCUAAACCCCCGUUCGCCGACGAAGAGGAGGAGGAAGAGAUGCUGCUGAGGGAGGAGCUUCUGAAGUCUCUGGCCAAUAAGCGCGCCGUCCGCCCUGAGGACAGCUCCAGCAACAGCGCCCCUCCCUCCCCCCCGGUCAGCCUGGCCGCCCUGUCUCUGCCCAGCCGGGCUAACCUGCUCGCCCUGGCCCAGUCGCGCGCCCUGAGCGCCAAGUUCAGCCGAGGACACCCACCCCCGCGGCCUCCACUGGUGCUCCCCAGGCACAAGGCGGUGGUGGUGCGGCUCAACGGCUCGGACGACAGCGACUCGGAGAGCGAGGCUCCCAGCUCCGCCCGCAUGGCUUUCGGAGGCCUGGAGUUCAUGAUCAAAGAGGCCCGCAGGACGGCAGAGGCUGCCAAACCCAAGGGCAGCUCCGCCUCCGAGAAGGAGAACAACCCAAUCAGGACGCCGGAGGCUCUGCCCGACGCCAAGAAGAUGGAGUACCGCCGCCUGAUGGAGGAGAUCGCCAGCAGGGAGAAGCAGCGGGUGCUGAGGUCAGACCCCUCCCUCAGAGCCCCGCCCGACCCUGAGUCAGACGCAGUGGGGAGAGCUGCUGCCCUGCAGGUCACUGAGGCCGAGAACAAGCUGACCAAGCACAAGAACCUGUUGCUGAAAGACGAGCUCCUCCUGAAGCACCUCCUGCAGCAGGAGCAGAGGAAGCGGGAGUCCCUCCGCGCGGCCGAGGCCAAGGCUGCCAAGCUGAAGGAGCAGCUCCUGGCAUCAGAGAAGAUCGCCGGGGCCAACAGGCUGCUCCUGAAGAAGCUGGAGGAGCAGGUGCACCGCGUGCAGCACCGCGUCUCGGUGAAGAAGCACCACACCCUGCGGCUGGAGAAGGACCUGGCCCAGGCACGGGCCGCCGCGGGGAGGGGCGGGGUGAAACGCAGGAACGAGACCGCCCAGUUCUCUCCGCGUAAGCUGCAGCGGUUGGACGGCGCGGCGCGGCCCACGGAGCGCCAGUUCGCCGAGCUCAUCGCGCAGAAGCGGCGGCUGCAGCAGCUGGAGUCGGAGUACGCCCUGAAGAUCCAGCUCCUCAAAGAGGCGCAGGCCCUGCGGCACCGGGGCCCCCCCCAGCCCCCGGCCCCCAGCCCGGCGCCCUUCGCCCUGCCGCAGCCCUCCAUGCACGACCUCACGCAGGACAAGCUGACCCUCGACCCCGGCGAGGACAACGAGGCCGAGGCCGAGGUGCUGUCGCCCGCCGCCGCCGCCGCCAGGGGCCGCCGCAGGUCGUUCCGCGAGUCGGGCUUCUUCACCAAGCCCAAGCUCCGGCACCCCGAGGUGUCGCCGGGGAAACCCGCCAAGGCCGCCGGCCCCUCGCCAGAGCUCCUGCUGGGGCUGAGCCUGGAGGACCUGCGCCAGCGCUACCAGGAGUCCGAGCGGCUGGGCCAGCUCAUGCAGAGGGGCCUCCAGGCCACAGGGGGCGCUGCGGCGAACAGGCUGCCCGUGAAGGAGAUCCCUGUCGACGUGGAGCUGCUCACUGUGCCGACAACUCGUGGGGAGCUGAAGCCUGCCCCAUUCGGACCCUACCACAGCCCCCUGCUGGUGUUCAAAUCUUACAGAUUCAGCCCGUAUUUCCGCACCAAAGAGAAGCUGUCGCUGAGCUCCCUGUCCUACAGCAACAGCGUGGAGCCGGAGAAGUGCUUCUGCCGCUUCGACCUCACGGGGACCUGCAACGACGACGCCUGCCCCUGGCAGCACAUGAGGAACUGCACUUUAAACGGGAAGCAGCUGUUCCAGGACGUCCUGUCCUACAGCCUGCCCCUCAUCGGCUGCUCUGAGAGCAGCAGCGACCAGGAAGUCAGUAUUGCCACCGAAAAGUACAUCAGCAAGCUGUUUGGUGCCAACAAGGACCGCAUGGGCACGGACCAGAAGGCCGUGCUCCUCGUGAGCAAAGUGAACGAGAGCAGAGGCCACGUCCCGCCACACACCACCUGCAAGGAGCCCAGGAAGUGGAAGCCCCGCCCCGUGAGGAACCCCAAACCCGAGACGGGCCGGGAGAGCAGCGACGAGGACGCCCCUGAGAGCCUGGGGCUGGAGAAGCAGGACGGCGGCACCAAGUCCCUCUGGAGGCCGAGCACGGCCCUGGACGUGUGCGUCACUCAGGACGACGAGCGCUACUUCACCAACGAGACGGACGACAUCUCCAACCUGGAGACCAGCGUGCUGGAGAGCCCGCGCGACGUGCAGCUGUGGAUCAAACUGGCCUACAAGUACCUCAACCAGAAGGAGAGCUCUGCAGCAGAGUGCCUGGACGCGGCCCUGAACACGCUGGCCCGGGCGCUGGAGGACAACCGCGCAGACGCAGAGGUCUGGUGCCACUACCUGUCCCUGUUCUCCCGCCGCGGCAAGAGGGACGAGCUCCAGGAGAUGUGCGAGAUGGCCGUGGAGCACGCCCCCAACUACCAAGUCUGGUGGAAGUACCUGUCGGUGGAGAGCUCGUUUGACGGGAAGGACUUUGUGUGUGAGCGCAUGCUGCAGUACCUGCUGCAGGCUGCAGGGGGCGCCCGCUCGGAGCUGCAGUCCUUCCAGCUGCUGGAGUCCCUGCUGUACCGGGUGCAGCUCAGCCUGUUCACUGGGAGGAGACGGAAUGCCCUGGCCCUUCUGCAGACUGCUCUAAAGCCCUCCGGUGAUCAGAAGAGUGUGUUGGAGCCCCUGACCGUGCCCCACCGCUCCCUGGCCUGGCUCUCCUACAUCCACCUGCUGGAGUUCGGCUGUCUCCCCGCCGCCCUGUUCGACCCCGCCCAGUCGGGCCCGUCCCCCAUCGUCUGCACUGACCCCUUCCUGCUGCCCUGGAGCUCUGCAGAGGACAUCCGCACCGACCCUGACACCCUCGUCACCCUGCUCAGAGAUGCUGUGCAGCAGUGUACGGACGAGACCCUGUCACCAAGGGAACGGACGCUGGCCCGCCUGCCUCUGCACACCAACGCCAUCGCCCUGCACCAGCUCCUGGGAAGGCUGGAGCCGGCCGUUGAGCUGUGCGAGGAGGCCCUGACCUCCUGCCCCGACUGCUGCCCCCUGCUGGAGGCCCUGGCGGAACUGCACCUGAGGAUGGAGGUGCCGGACAGGGCCCUGAACGUGUGGCUGGGCGCCUUGCUCCUCACCCCACACAACGCCCAGGUCCUCUACUGCGCCUGCAAGUUCCUCCUCUCUCAGGAGCAGUCCCACACCAUCGCGCCGCUCUAAGGAGUUGUUUUCUCCUUCUGCGAGGACGAGCAGAGCGAGCAGCACCCGGUCCUCGUGCUGCGGUACAUCUUGGGCUUUCCGGUGCAGGGCUCCCUGAAGGCUCCGCCAAUCAGAAAAGAGCUGAGGGAUCAGCUGACCGCGCAGAUGCCUUACAUGUGUGUGCUGCACUGCCUGUGGCAGUCCCGGUUCGGCAGCAUGGGGGAGGCGGUGGACGCGUUCGAGCGCGCCCUGGGCACGGUCAUGCAGCAGGACGUGGUGCAGAGGCUGUGGCUGGAUUAUCUCCUCUUUACCAGUAGUGCCAUAGCCGGGUCCCAGUGCAAGAGGAGGGACGUGAACGCCUUCACGGACCUGGUGCAGCGGUGCCUGGUCACCACCCCCUCCCGUCUGCCCGUGCCUUUCAGCUCCGCCCACUUCUACAACUGCUACACCUUCCACAACAAGGUCAUAUCCUUCUACCUGGGCUGCCUGCCCCCUUCUCAGCACUCCUCCGUCCUGGAGAGGCUCCGAUACGUCAUGCCCAGCAACACUGAGCUGGCUCUAAGGUUGCUGCAGCAGGAGUGGCAGGAGGGCACCGUUCAGCACCUGAGGCUGCAGAGCCGGAUGCUCAGCCACGGCAUCCCCGGCUGCCUGGCUAACUGGCAGAUUGCGAUCGCGGUGGAGAGGGAGUUAAACGGAAGAUCUGAGGUUCGUCGGCUUUACCGGCACGCCCUCCGAAAGCUUCCUCUCUGCGCCGCUCUGUGGAAAGAUCGACUGCUGUUCGAAGCUGCGGACGGAGGUAAAACUGACAAACUGAGAAAGCUUGUUGCCAGGUGCCAGGAGGUCGGAGUGAGUCUAGACGAACCUUUAAAUUUAGGCCCGGCCCAACCGGAGGGGGACGGUCUGCUGAGCUAACGCUGCAGCAAAGUCGUCCCCAAACCCCCCCCCCCCCCCCCAAAAGUAAUGAAUUGAAACAAAAAAAAAAAAAAGACUUAAAUUGACUCAAAAAAAUAUAUUAUCAGCCCGAUUUAGUUUGUGUGAGAGGCAAACUUGGCAGGUUGUCAGACCUCCCAAUCAGUGUUCGCUCCCAGAUGGGGGGGGGCAGUUCGGAAAACCGGAACGGCCGUCACUCGAAGACAAAUGAACUCCUGAUUGUUCAAUAUCUGGGCUGCGUUUACCUUCUUGCAUCGUGUACGUAAGUAUGGUCCUGCUAAAUGACCGGUGUCUUUGGCUCCCUUUUUCAUUUACCCGUCCCCUUUUCCUUUUCUUGUUUUCUUUUUUUUUUCCCGUUUUUGUUUGUACUGUCAUUUAUAAUUUUGCUUUUGAUUAUUUUUUGUUUUGUUUUAACUUGAGCUUUUUCAAGUGUGGAAUGCCAGCGACAUCUUUCUGUGAUGUUAACAUUUUGCGUGUUUUUAGGGAGGUCUCGCCCCCCCCCCCCCCCCACGCCCCAUUCUCUGUUCCUUUCCCACCCCACCCCACUCUCCGACACUGUUACGUAAAAGGGAAGACUCAGAUUCCUUAACGUUUUGUUUUAGACGAUAAAAUCGCUAAUAGGAGACGGAUUACCAGGGGGAAAGUAUUUUAUUUGGCUCUCUCCGGAGGCUGCUGCCUUUGAGACUCCAGCUGGGACUGCUGAAUUCUGGGAUACUCGCACUGCCAGCAGAUUGGGGGCGGGGCUAAACUCGAGUGCUCCGGCACUGCACCAGAACUCACAAGAUGGUUCCCGCCCCGGGGUUUAAUGUUCCAUGUGCAAUUUUGUUUUUUGUCAAAAAUUUAACAUCAAUUAAAGAGUAUCUAAAGAAGAAUUUAUGAAAGCAAAAAAAAAAUCUUUUCGAAUGUUUUUUUUUUUUUGUUUGUUUUUUUUGUAUUUAAAUUUGAAUGUGUUUAUAUUAAAUUAUUUUUAAAAUAAUUAA